CUCAACGGUGCGCACUUGUCCUCCGUCCCCGUUUGGACGCUUUUGGAUUAAUUCAAGAUAAAUUCUCUGGAUUUUACGAUGAAAGGCAGACCUCUUCUCGUUUUCUACACCUGCCACUUUCUGUUUUUUCUCUUGUCGGGGGUUACUUGUUCUGAGGCAGAGCACAGGUUGUUCUCUGUGAUUUUCUCCAGUUAUAACCAGUACAUCAGACCAGUGGAGAAUGUGUCUGACCCAAUCAUAGUUCAGUUUGAAGUGUCCAUGUCACAACUCGUCAAAGUGGAUGAGGUGAACCAGAUUAUGGAGACUAAUCUUUGGCUGCGACAUAUAUGGAAUGAUUAUAAACUCAGGUGGGAUCCCAAAGAUUUUGGAGGGGUUGAAUUUAUCCGUGUGCCCUCUAACAAGAUCUGGAAGCCAGACAUUGUGUUGUACAACAAUGCAGUUGGAGACUUUCAGGUGGAUGAUAAAACGAAAGCUCUUCUACGCUACAAUGGAGAUGUAACCUGGAUUCCACCAGCCAUCUUCAAGAGCUCUUGCAAGAUCGAUGUUACUUAUUUCCCUUUUGACUACCAGAACUGCACCAUGAAGUUUGGCUCGUGGACUUACGACAAGGCCAAAAUCGACCUAGUGCUGAUUGGUUCCACUAUAAACCUUAAGGAUUUCUGGGAAAGUGGAGAGUGGACAAUAAUUGAUGCUCCUGGGUAUAAGCAUGAUAUCAAAUACAACUGUUGUGAGGAGAUCUACACUGAUAUUACUUAUUCUCUCUACAUUCGCCGCUUGCCUCUUUUCUACACCAUAAAUAUGAUAAUUCCCUGUCUGCUCAUCUCCUUCCUGACUGUUCUAGUAUUCUAUCUCCCUUCUGAUUGUGGUGAGAAGGUGACAUUGUGUAUUUCAGUUCUCCUCUCCCUUACAGUUUUCCUCCUGGUCAUCACAGAGACAAUCCCAUCUACAUCUCUCGUCAUCCCUCUGAUUGGAGAAUAUCUACUUUUCACCAUGAUAUUCGUAACUCUCUCCAUAGUUAUUACAGUCUUUGUCCUCAAUGUACAUUACCGCACCCCUAAAACGCACACCAUGCCAUGUUGGGUGCGGCAUGUCUUCCUUAGUAUGCUCCCUCGGGUUAUGUUCAUGACCCGGCCUGUGAAAGACCCAGAGAGACCGGGCUGUGUGGGAGCCCCUUCACAACCUUGCACUCUUCAGACACGACCUUGCAUUCUUCAGGCUCCAGGGUUCAUUCCCCAACACCUCCCUAAGCAACACAGUCUCCCAGGAAGCCUUCCAACACGCCCUCAUCUCCUCCUGUGCACAGAGCUCAACAACCUGAGCGAGGCAUCCAAGACAGGGUCUAGUUUCCUGUGUAGAGAAGGGCGAUGUACAUGCUGCUGGAAGGAACACGGCAACAAACUGUCCAAGGAAGGGGGAGCUGGUGGUAUCAUGGGAAGUGGAGAAGAAGGAGAGAGUACCUGCUCCAGCUCAGAAUCCCCGGAAGCAGGGUUUUUGUGUAUGUCAACACUCUCACCUGAAGUGAGAGAGGCCAUCGAGAGUGUAAAGUACAUUGCUGAAAACAUGAGAUUACAAAAUGAGGCCAAGGAGGUCCAGGAUGACUGGAAGUAUGUUGCCAUGGUGAUUGAUAGGAUCUUCCUGUGGGUGUUUGUCCUUGUGUGCAUUCUGGGUACGGCUGGACUCUUCUUGCAGCCACUGCUGUUGGGCGAGGACAUGUGAUACUCUCACAGACAUUGAGACAUUUUAACAGAAUUUGAAUUAACUUCAAUCUGAAUUUGAGAACCCUUACUCAGCAUUAUGGGAUAUAAGUAUUCAUAUCAUGUUUUGUUGAGAGCUGAAUUAAAAUAAAUCUGUUAACAGGAUUGGAGACUCUUGGACCUCUGAGGGAUAAAAUGGAGCAGCCAAAGCGAUGGCCUACUGUAUAUUAUUGAUUUUCAAGAUUUCAAAGGACCCUAACAGGGAGGGGAAAGUCCCUUUAAAUGAAUGUUCUGGGUUCAGUACAAGUAAAGCUCUGCAGUGGCUUUUGUUGCAUUAAGCUUAUUACAAUAUAUACUGUAUAUAUAUUGUUGUAUUUGUAUUAAUUAACUAAAUAAAUCAUGUAUAGGCCUACAGUAUGGCACUUACAAUAGAAGUUAAAGGAAUGUACCGGGUUCAAUACAAGUUAAGCUCAAUCGACAGCAAUUUUAGGUGAUUGUUGGUCAGUACUUUAACUUUACUAACCUUGUCUGUAUAAAGUUAUAUACAAUUUAAUCUCUGUCUUGGUGACAUAACGUCAGUAAAGUCUGUAAUGACGGCAAUGUUUGCAUAACGUCAACAGCAGGAUAUCAUGAUGGGAGAUGACAUAACUUCCUUGUUUAUAUGGUGCUGAAGCUGAUCAAACAGUAUGCCAGUCCAUUGUCUUUAAUCAGAAAGUGUGUCUUUCCUAUGCAUGCAGACGUUACUUCCAUUUUACGCAGUGGGUGGUCUUGGUCCUCCCCAUACGCAAACUUAAGUUUGUUGCGUAUGGCCCCCAUGCUAUCAAAGAUGUUUAAAGUAGCCCAGGUAAUGAUACAUAAUAAGUAGAUAUGCCCUGCAUUCCAAACGUCCUAAAUAAUGCCUUCGGAGGGCACUUCUAAGGGAUUACAAAAAUUAACACCA